AUGCUCCUCCUCGCCCCCAUCGUGCGCGGCGGCAUCGCCCGCCGCACCCUCCACCUACGCAGCCUGCACGCCAAGGCGUCGCGCGUGCCGCUCCUCCUCACGCCGAAGGAGCUCAAGGCGAUUGACCCGAAGACAAUCGUCGCGCUCGACGCCUCGUGGCACAUGCCCACGUCCGAUCGGAACGGCAACGACGAGUUCAACGCCGGCCCCCGCCUGCCCGGCGCGCAGCGCUUCGACAUCGACGCCGUUGCCGAGCUGCGGCCCGAGAUCAACCGGCUGAGCCUGACGCACAUGAUUCCGACUGUUGGUGUGUUCCAGGACGCUGUGGAGAAAUUCGGAAUCACCCCCGACACCCACGUCGUGGUGUAUGACACUAUCGGCGUCUUCUCGUCCCCUCGCGGCGCGUACACUUUCAAGACCUUUGGCCACGACAAGGUCUCGGUGCUUGACGGCGGCCUGCCGCGCUGGAUCGCCGAGGGCGGCGAGGUCGAGGUCGGCGACGUCGCCAAGCCCAAGGUGGCUUCGUACCCCGCCGGCGAGAUUGACCACGACAACAUCAGGACGUACGACCAGAUCGUCGACAACAUCUCCAAGAGCCCCGAGGCGGCCGAGAUCGUGCUCGACGCGCGCAACAUCGGCCGCUUUUCCGGCGAGGAGCCCGAGCCGCGCCCGGGACUCGAGAGCGGGCAUAUCCCCGGCAGCGGGCACCUGCCGUUCGCGAGCCUGCUCACUGAGGCGACGCCCGAGCGGCCAUACACGAGCUUCAAGAGCCCCGCCGAGCUGCGCGAAAUCCUCGUGGCUGCCGUGGGCGGCGAGGGCGCGUGGAAGGACGUGCUGGACGGUAAGCGCGGCGUCGUGUUCUCGUGCGGGUCCGGCCUCACCGCCGGCGUCGACUGGCUCGCGGCCCAGCUCGUCGCCGAGGCCGAGGGCAAGUCCCCCAAGACGGCCAUCUAUGACGAGAGCUGGACCGGGUACGCUUCGCGCCCGCAGAGCGUUAUUGAAAAGGGCGAGCCCAAGCCGCUCAAGUAG